GCUUGCAUUGCUUGGAGGAGACUUUUUUGUUUCCGUUUCAACAGAAAAUCUUUCAGUGGUUAUGUUUUUUUUGCACUAUUGCAACAUAGGCCUACAGUCUUCUUGAUGCAACAUAUUUUCUAUUCAUAUUCUUCCUUUUUUUUCUCAUAACAGCAGGCAGGGAAAACAGAAUAGCCUACUGUAUCAGUCUAAUACACCAGGCUUAGUGGUACUUGCCCGGGUUAGAUUGCUCUCCAGGAAGGUAGUGGCUAAAACAGCACAGCAUACAGAUGGAGGGCCACAGCGCCUCCGCCACUCAGGACAAGUGAGAACACAGUUCAGACGACGCGCAACUGUGUGGUGAGACGCGAUGGCUUCUGGAGCGCUGGCGCUGGUAUUUGGGUUGAUUUCAUUGCCACUUUGUGCUGCUGUUUUUCGGGGACCGUUGCAGCCUGAGAUAUCAAAUGGGACUUUUCAUCACUUUUACGUACCAGACGGUGAAUACGACGAAAAUGACGACCCGGAGAAAUGUCAAAUGCUCUUCAAAUGGUUUGAUCGGAGACCUUGCCCCGUGGAGGAGGACCGGGACUCUGUUAUCCGCGAGGAUUUGAUCAUAGUCAAGCAGCAAACUGAAGACGCGGCGAGGGUUUUGGAAAGUAUUGGGAAAACCAUAUCAUAUGAUUUGGAGGGCGAAGACAGUUAUGGUAAAUACCUCAGGCGAGAGAUUGUUCAAAUUAACGAGGCUUUCGCAAACGUUGAAAAAUCCCUUAUGGAGCUAGAGGUGAAAUUCAAACAAAGUCAGGAGGUAGAGCAAAGAGAAGAAGACGAAUUUGCAAGAACUUUUUUGAGUCCGAUCCACAACGUCAGAAGCACACUUCAAGAAACUCUGGACAUAUCUUCUGGUCUUAAGGAUAAACAUGAACUGAUCUCUCUGAUUAUUCGCAGUCACGGUACGAGGUUAAGUAGGCUAAAAAAUGAAUACAUGAAUGUAUAGCAGUGGAGCAAAGCGUUGUGUGGCGUGGCUCUGAAAGGAAUUAAGUUGUAAUCUUAUUUUCUUUUUAUUGAUGAAACUGUUUCUCGCAGUAAUGUACAUUUGACAUUGUGCAGUUCUCUCUUUUUUAACCAUAAAGUUGUUAUUGGUUCAAGAACCACUAAUUUCGUAAUUAUUUAACAGCCCACUGGUUACAACCUUAAUUGUUUUGUUACAUUUUGUACCACUGUCCUAUAUGCUGUGUAUUGUUUUCAUCUGAGCUUAUUUCUUUCACUUUUUUGUCAUGAAAAAAUAUAUAAAAUAUGGCUUGUAUUAUCUUAGCUGUGAUGUCAAUUUUGCUAUGCAACAGUUUUCAAGUUUCAAGGUGAUCAUUUGUUUUAAAGAAAUGGUCACUUUUGUGUCUGUUCACUUGUCUUGAAGGACCAUCACUCUACAGCUAGUUAGGGUUUGAAGUAAAGUUUCCAGAUCCCUUUAGCUAAUCCAACCCUGUGGCAAGUCCAUAUCCGUGGAUGCUUAGGGCACAACUCAGAUGGCCUUCUCUUCUCUGAAGACUGAUUCAGAGCUGGCAUUUCCUUAGCCACACCAAGGCAUGUCUCAAAGUUAAACAUGGCUGAGUCGUUUAACCCUAUGUGCACCAGAGUCUAGGAAACCACUGUUUCUCCUCCAGUCCUCAGUGGUGUGUUGAUGUGCAAGCCCACCUCUAAGUGAUGGCCAUUACAUGCUCAAGCCUGAGAAGCAAUCCUGCUCAUAAGGUUUUUUUCUCCUUCUCUAAAAUAGGCCUGGCUCUCAUUCAAUGGCGUCUGAGGUCUGUCCAUCUGGAGUUAGUUUCCUUUUCUCUGUGUUGCAAAAUGGCUGGGACUCAUCGCAUAGUAUAACAAUUAUGCCAGUUGUCCUUUAUAUGAAUACUAACAUGGAUCACUUUGAAAUUUGAGGGGCUUGUAUGCUCAGAUGUGUUACCCUGAGGUAGUUAUCAAAAUUGCCUGAUGCUUGUUGAUAUGGCCCAUUACAGUAAAAUUAAUCUACCACACAUCUAUUGUGCAAUAUUGUUGUGCAGUACAUUGAUUGACA